CUCCGAUCUUAUCUCUCCAGGCAGUUCCGCGCGUCUUCUUCAUAACCUCUUCCAAACAUCAUCUUCUUGUCAUUCAUCGUUUCAAUUAUCGCAUCUACAGAUACAAUGAAGUUCUCGCAGACUUCUCUUCUGGCGGCUUGUCUGCCUGCUGUCUCCGCUCGCUUCAUCGAAACUGCCGAGGCCGACAACGUCAUUCUCCAGCCAGACGAGCUGUUCCUGAUCGAGACCGCCCCCGGCAAGACGCAAUGGGUGACUGAGGAGGAGAAGUGGGAGAUGCGCCGUAAUGGCCAAAACUUCAUGGACAUCACCGACACACCUUCGCUCGGCUCCAAGGGCAUCAACGCUGAGAGCACGGUCACGUUCCCUAAGAAGUGCGUGAACCAGGACGAUGUCAAGGAGCUCUCCAAGAACCUCGAGAAGAAGAACAUGCAGGCCAAUCUCGAGAAGUUGACCAGCUUUCACACCCGAUACUUCAAGUCCGACUACGGCCUUCAGUCCUCCGACUGGGUUCUUGAGAAGGUCAACCAGAUCAUCAAGGACGCCGGUGCUGAGGAUACUGUUUUCGCCGAGAGCUUCCCUCACACAUGGAAGCAACACUCCGUCAUUGCGACCAUCCCUGGCCAGUCUAACAGCACUGUUGUGAUCGGCGCCCACCAGGAUUCCAUCAACCUCUUCCUUCCUUCCAUCCUCGCCGCCCCAGGCGCCGAUGACGAUGGCAGUGGUACAGUCACCAUCAUGGAGGUGUUCCGCGCUCUUCUCAACUCCAAGGACGUUGUUAAGGGCAAGGCUCCCAACACCAUCGAAUUCCACUGGUACUCAGCUGAGGAAGGUGGUCUGCUCGGAAGCCAGGCUAUCUUCAAGUCGUACGAAGAGAAUGGCCGCGAUGUCAAGGCUAUGCUUCAGCAAGAUAUGACUGGCUAUGUCCAGAAGACUCUCGAUGCCGGCCAGCCCGAGAGCGUUGGUGUCAUUACUGACUUCGUCGACCCCGGCCUGACUAAGUUCAUCAAGACCGUGGUCGAGGAGUACUGCAGCAUUCCUUGGGUUGAGACUAAGUGCGGCUAUGCCUGCUCCGACCACGCUUCCGCUUCCAAGGCCGGCUACCCCUCAGCCUUUGUUAUUGAGUCCGCCUUCGAGUACUCUGACCCCCAUAUUCACGGUACCGAUGAUAGCAUUAAGUAUCUGUCUUUCGACCACAUGCUCGAGCAUGCUCGCAUGACCCUUGGUCUUGUUUACGAGCUUGGUUUCUACGACUUCUCUGAUAAGACCGAGGAGAAGUGGAGUGACCUGUAAAUGACUGAUAAUGUGGAAUUAUGUUUAGAGAGCGGCUGUCUCCUUACUGGAUUGGUUGCCUCCAUUCGUUUAUUAUGAGCAACGGAUUGCAUACGAGGAUACACGCAUAGUUAGCAUUGAAUAAGACCAUCUGUUUGAAAGCCUCUGAAACGUGCACC